GUGCCUGGUAGAUGUUGUGUUGUUCAGGACUGUGGAAACGUAAAGAACGAUGAAUUGGGGAUUUCUAUUCAUAAUUCUCCUGAUUCGGGCAGCCUUAGAUUAAAGUGGAAAAGGUUCGUGUCCAUUCAUCGGAAGGAUUUCAACACAGUGGGAAAAUUUGCUGUGUGCUCGGAGCAUUUUACAAGGGAUUGUUUUACGCUUGCUUUUCCGAUGAAAGGCAUGAAAAGUAAUUUCAAGAAGGGGACGUUUCCAACCAUUUGGAAAAAAUCCUCUCAAACACCAUCAAAGCGGAGUCGACGAUCGGUGAGUGAAAUUACAAUGUAUUUGCGCUGUUAUCACCAUUAUAUUUAUUUCCCCAUUUACCUGUGACAUGAUUUUUCUGGCAUCGUUGUUCAAUAUUCGUGUAAUGAAUGCUCUGACUAUUUGGACUUCCCAUAUUGUUGCAUGUGUUUUCAUACUUUUCUGCUUUCUUCUCAUAGUUAUAGUAAAACGGGCAUUUGCGCUGAGUGGACGUGAAGUCAAUUCCCCAGUUCCCAGACAUUUCCACUCAAGCGUAAAAUUUAGAAAAAGUGAAGCUCCAUAGAAAUCCGGCUCCCUAUUUUUUGAGAGAUUAUCUUGCUGUUACUUUGAGAUUUGACAGUACUCCAAACUUCCCUCCAAGAAAUCUUACAGCAAAUUAGGAGUUACACGCGAGUCUUUUAAAACGACCAAAAAUGGACUUAGUCUGAUUUCUACAUUCUAUAAGUUCAGUUACUGUUUGCGGGUUUUUUUUUUUUCGCUUGUAUUUUAAUUCUGUUUUCACUGUCUGCAAAUGAUGCAUACAUUUUAAGGCAAAGAUGUGGUUAAACCUUGCUUCCAUUUCUAGUUUUGAAAACAUCGACAUAAAGCUCAAAUUUAAACUUGUUUUGAAGGGGAGAUAUAAAAAAUGGUCGUACCUAUUUUCAUUUUUAGCUACUAAAUGAAAUUCUGGCUGGUCAAACUACUAAUGAGGAUACAGAGGAAGAAGAAAAUCCUGAAGAAGAGGUGAUCUCUUUGAAAGGAAGUUCUGCACCUGAGAAGAGUGCUGACACUAUGGGGGCUCCCAAUCUCAACCCUGAGGAGUCUCCAGAAGUCGAGGGUGUUCUGAAUACAAGUCAGGGUUCUUUGCUUGAGGUAAAUCCUGAAAAGGAGGGCUGCAUCCCUGAGACUGAGACGGGUGAGAUAAGUGUUGAUGCUGAGAUGGCUUCAGAGGUCCUAGGUACUCCUGGUGAUAAGACAGCUCUCGAGAGCCAAGUGAUUUCAGGCACUGAUGAGGUUACUGAGACCAUGCAGAUCCUGGAGGCUCAGGGAAUCGAAAAAGUGCAGGAUAUGGAUGAAGUUAUGCAGAUUGAUGAAUCAUUAACGAUUCCUGAACUUGAACUGGUUUCUAUGGUAGGCGCAUAACUCUAAUUAAUGAUUAUUUGCAUCUUUGUAUUAUCAUAACAAUGGAAAACUACAUGUGCAGUUAUUUUACAACAAUACUAAAACACAAAAAUUCUAAAGUCUUGUUAUUACAGCCUGUAUUAAUGUUGAAAGUUUGUUUUUUGUAGGAUACUUCAACUGGACAUGCUGGGAAUUGCACAACAUGCAAAACCCUGAGGAGUGAGGUAACUCAGUUGAGGUGCAAAGUCGCAAGACUGAAGAGUAAGUUAAUCUCCAAUCAAGAUCAGUGGGUUGAAACCUUUAAGAGCAUACAAGAGCCGAAGCAGUUGCUAAUGGUGAAUGCUGGUGAGUCAACAAUAAUUGAUGUUGAUGAGUCAUAUAGGCAUAACUGCCUAUCUUUAUAUUUUUAUUACAUUUUAUCAAUAUUUGAUUAUUUAAUAAUAAUUAAAAUUUGAAUGGUGAUAGAAUUUUUUUAAUUCCAUUUGUUUAAGCUAUUCAAACUGAUCCAUGGCCAGUAACAAAUGAGACAGAGUUAGGGCUAGAGGAUGAAUCAGAAGAUGAGCAGGAAAUGCAGGACGAUGCGUAUGAGGAGUUUGAGUGUGAUGAAGACCCUACAUGGAGUCCUGAAGAAAUUGAAGAUGCAUAUAAAAAACUAAAGGAAGAUGAUGACUCGGUGAAGACUCAUCAGAACCCAAGGUACAAAGAUGCAAAAUUUAUUGCAUUUUAA